AUGGAUCCGUCAGAAGGUUCAGUCCGGGUACUGGUGGACAACAAUGCCUUUACAGUAGAGCAGUUCACCUUUCAGCAUGCCUAUCCCCGUGUUACGGAUUGUGCUGUUCUUGGCUACCAUUGCCAGGAUGUGAUCGCUGUCAUCCCACAUGAGGCAUGGCCGGAUGGGGCUAGACCCACGGCCGUUCUUCUGGACUGCCGUCCGAUCCAACAAGGAUGGGCUCUGUUCCUCGCGGCCGACUGCUUGGUGUCGCAUUCUUCGCUCAUUUAUGAGCUUGACACCUUUGUGCCCAUGGGAUGGCAAGUUCAAAUCGACCCGAUCGAUAUUGAGGAUGGAAAUUUCACCGUUGCACCGGGUACUGUUCUGGUGGUGUCUUAUGUUCCCCAGACUACAGAUGAGGAGUCUUCUCCGGCCCGUCCCUGGCAAGGUUUCCACAGUGACGAUGUUGUGGAUGACUCCUCUAACGAGGACAGUGAGGACAGUGACGGCUCCGAUGGCCUACCCCCCCCCCCUGGUGGUGCAACAUGCUCGGCUGCCCGCUCUCGCAGCCGCUCCCCGCAGACCCGUGCGCAUGACAGCAACGCCCUGAGACUUGGAUGCCUCUGGGGCACAGUCCCGCGGACCCCGUGGUGCUUCAGCUUUGCGGCUUCUUGCGCUUGCGCCCGUUUGACUAUGUGGGUCUUUCUGCUUUACCUUGCUGGCCUGGUCCUAGGCCCUUUCUGGUGGUCUCAGCAUGGACCCUGGUACUUGCUUUUCCGCCUCCUCUGCGUCAUUGGUUGUCUUUCAAAGGGGCCUUUCCGACUUCCACGCUGGCUCACGAUGGCCUUCUUAUUGGGAUGUGGUGCCACGCCGGCCGCAAUUGAUGCCAUGCCGACCUAUCUCUACCCCUUGCCGUUCACGUGUGAAGGCCUUCUUUCUGGCUUCGACACUGGUGGAGGUUCUGAUGGAGCAUUUUGGGUGCGCGCAGCCUUCCUCACCUUGCCUACCAACAAGGGGCAGUCCUCUGCCAAUUUGCCUGCAAGAUAUGCUCCCUGCCCUUUCGGUACGGAUGAUGCCACCCACAAACUCUUCGAGCGUGUCCCUUUUUCCGCUCUGCCGCCUGCCCCUUCGGGCCUUGAUAGGCCCUGGCGAUUCUUCGACUGGAUCACGUGUGGCAACAUCGGUCGCUCUCCUGGACCCGGUGAAGCGCUUGUCAUUACCUCCGAUGGCUCUUAUCGGGCAUGUGAUCAAGCAGCCGGAUGGGGACUCUCUUUCAGCAUCGCCUCGCUUGACUGGCAGGACGUCCCUGGGCAGUUCGUGGGCUGCUUAUGUGGGCCCAUGCAGCCUUUUCUGGCGUAUCUUGGUGAGUCUGGUGCUCCCGACGCCUAUGCUGCUGAGGUCGCUGGCCUCUUAUGGGGUGCGAUUGUUACCUUACAACUCCCCAUUGCUUGCCCUGUGCUUUUCCGUGCCGACAAUGUUUCUGCCUUGCAAGGUGUCCAAGGUACAUGUGGCAUGCGAUCCUCUCCCCUGUGUCUUGCUGCCAGAAGCCUGCAUGCUGCUGUUUCCAUCUGCUUGCCUGCCACCACUGGCUAUGAACAUGUUACGGGUCAUUCGGGCGAUGUUGCAAAUGAGCUUUCGGAUGCUCUGGCGGCCCUCGGUGCCAAUGGUGCUGUUCGCACAUCCCCUUUUGCCUUUGACAUAGACCAUUUUCUUCGAGAUGGCGCUGCAGCCAGCCUGUGGUUACCACACAUUUGCCAAACACGGCGCCAUCCUCGAGAGCUUCCUAUGCUGCGUGGUCAGGUUAUGUCUUGGCCCAUGGUUGAAGGUGUUUGCCGCUUUGAGCCUGAAUACUCCAUGCAGCCCUUUUUACGAGCAUUUCCUCCUGAUGGGGAUCUGCAACCACCCCAGAAGACACGUCGAAACACUUUAUCUGUGUGCCUUGUGUCCUACAACGCUUUGUCGCUUUCUGAUGGAGCUGGCGAGGCCCAGCAGGGCCUGCAUGGAGCCAUUGGACGGCCCACACUUCUCCAGCAAUCCCUCAUUGCACACGAUGUGCAUCUUGCGGGCCUCCAAGAGUGCCGCACCCCCCAGGGGCCAUGUGCUGCUUCCUCUGUCGUUGUGUUCCACACCUCACCGACUGUCCUCAUUGCUGGGGCCACCUUAGGCUUGGUGGACUUCUGUCCGUGGCUUGUGCCACUCCUUUUCUCGCACGGAUGCUCUCUCCUGCAAAAGCGCAAUGGAGCCCUCGACAGGAUCGAACCGGGAAUUACCUCAGGACACGCCUGUGUGGACCACUUUGCAGCUUUCCUGGAGGCACACCUGACUCUGCAACAGCCGUUUUCUAAACAGGGCAGGGCUGCGCGUAUUGACGCGCGUGCAGUGGCAGACCCACAGAAUGCUGGAGCGGUCUCUGCUGUCAUCACUAGUGCUCCUCGGCCAGAGUGGGACAUUGACGCCAGUGAGCAUGCAGCCAUCCUGGUGGAUCACAUUUACCGCGGCUUGGUUGCGCAUUUUCCGCUUCGCCCAAAGCCUAUGCGUGCGCAUUUCUUCUCGGACACCACUGUCGCGCUGCACCGCGCUGUUGCAGCUCUCCGCCAUGCUGUUCGCACCCGAAGCGCGACCCUUCGGCUUACCUUCUUGCGCUGUGCUUGGCAGGCAUGGCGCCAGUCGACAAUGUCAUUCAUGGGCCUCUUUUCUGGCCGUUGGCUCUGGCAGCUAAGGAUGCGCCUUGGCAGCAACUGCAUGCUCCUUCGGCGUUUUGGGCUGCAGCUCAAGCGUGCCUGUCGUGCAGAUAAAGCUGCGCAUUUGACUAGGCUCUCUUCGGAAAUUGCUGACGCACCCACUCGCGAGGUCCAUCAGGCCAUCCAGCGUGUUCUGCGGCCGCGCAAGUUUCGAAAGACAACUGCGGCCCCCCUACCCCGGCUUGACAAACCGGACGGAACGAUUUUCCGAGAUUCCGCCGAAGUCAUGGAUACUUGGCGUGAACAUUUCCGGGUGCUGGAAGGAGGGAUUCAAUCAAGCGCGGAGGAUCUGGUCCUCCAGUGCCGCGGUGUUGCCUGCGACAUCGACGACCAGACCAACUGGGAUGCGGCGCACUUGCCUUCUUGGUUGGCCCUCGAGGCGGCUUUGCGCCACUCGGCUCCUCGGAAGGCCGUUGGACCUGACUUAUUGCCUCCGGCAAUAUGUCGGUUUUUCAGCCCGCAGCUCACGGAGGUGUUCUGGCCCCUCCUCCUUAAAACGGUCUGCCGGAUCCGCGAGCCGGCAGGCCUCAAAGGAGGCGUCCUCUUCCACAUCGACAAGGGCAAGCAGGGGGCUCGAGCGACCUGCGAUGCGCAUCGCGGGAUCCUUGCGCAGUCAUGCCUGUCCAAGGCGUUCCAUCGAUCAUUGCGGGGUCUUAUCAUGAACCACUGGAGCGCCCACGCGCUUCCCCUGCAGCUUGGAGGGCGACCUGGACUUAGCUCUACGUAUGGUCACCUGGCCUCCAGAUCCAUCUUGAGCUUUGCAAGGCGCAACCAGCUCUCUGCCGGCUUGAUCUUCGUGGAUUUGGCCUCCGCGUAUUACGCGGUCAUACGCGAGACGAUUCUCGGUAAGGACCUUGCCAACAGGCCUCUUCAGGAAAUUGCCUCAGCCCUAGGCCUUGAUGACGCCGACCUUCAACGUCUCCGCCACCUUGUCGAGCAGGAGCCUAUCAUGCACCAGCAGGGUGCGAGCCAGUUCCUCAUGGCUUUGACCCGUGAGAUGCACCGACAUACCUGGUUCAUCUUGUCGGAUGACAGCAAGCUCAUUGCUACCCAGCGAGGCACUAGGCCAGGGGGCACGCUUGCGGAUGUGCUUUUCAACAUCCUUUUCGGGCGGGUGUUGUUACGGAGGCAGUCCAGCUCUCUGGCUUCUGCGUUCCCGCGCGUGCCAUGGGAUGGAGUGCGCACGCCUUUCCCUGUGGAUCUUUCGCGUGCGCCGGCCACUCUCAUUUCAGACAUUGUGUAUGCUGAUGAUUUAUGCACUCCGAUUGUAUGUGAGGCCGCAUCUCAAUUGCGUGGCACUGUUUCGGCAGUCACAGCUGACACGUUUGAUGUGCUCACCCCACAUGCUCUGCGACCAAACCUGGGUCCCACUAAGACGUCGGCUUUGGUUUCGCCAGUAGGCACAGGUUCCAGGAAGGUUAGACACGACUUGUUCGUCGGCCUCCGAGGUAAGGUGCCUCUUUGGCCAGAUAGCAAAGGUCUGCUCUGGAUGGACCUCGUCUCGCGCUACCGGCACUUGGGCUCCAUAGUGUGCCACGAUGGCAACAUGUGCCCGGAAGUGAAGCUUCGCCUGGCUCUGGCUGGUGCUGCUUUUCGAGAGGGUCGGAGGAAGCUUUAUGCUUGCAAGCUCAUCCCUUUGGAGCGGCGGGCAACCCUGCUGCGGAGCCAUGUGCUCUCGAUCCUGCUUGCGGGUGCGGGAACUUGGCCAUUCCUCAAUAGUAAAGCUUGGCAUGCUUUUCAGGGUGGGGUGAUAGGCUUGUACCGCCAGUUGUUGGGGCUUAGGGCUACUGGCAAUUGGCAUUGGACUCGCAGCCAGCUCCUCUCCAGGGUUGGGCUCCCUUCACCCGAAGCCCUCCUGCACACUGCCCGACUUCGCCUCCUCUCACAACUUGUCAACACGGCACCGGACCAGAUCUGGGCUUUGAUCGCUUGGAAUCAGGAAUUCCAACAGGGGUUGCGAAGUUCAGGUAACUGGUUCUUUGAUGCCAUGCACACCACUUGCAAGCUUGGCCGCAUUGACCAGGACUGGUUUUCAUGGUCUACCCUCAUCAAGGCGCACCCCGGCCACUGGAAAGGCCUCCUCAAGAGAGCUGAGGCAUGGGAUGUCGAGACACAUCGUCUGCAGGGGAUCUUUGACUCCGCUGUCCGCUCUAUUUGGUCUCCUCUCGUCCCUACCUCGCGUCUUCCAGUUGAAGGUCUGCAUCAUGCAUGCCUUGUCUGUGGGUUGGCCUUCGCCAGCCGCCAACAAUGGGGUGCUCACGCACAGCGAGUGCAUGGGUACCGCAAUGCUGCAACCCGACUGGCAGCCGGUCGCCAAUGCCAAGCUUGUGGCACUGUCUAUGCCUCGGGUUCUCGACUCAAGUCCCACCUCCUUGCCUCGGCUCGAUGCCGUAGCUUCCUGGAGCUGAGUGAUCCUGCCGUUCUGCCGCCACCGCUGCCUGAAAUCAAGGAUCCGCAUUUGCAAGCUCCUUCUGUGCGUGCUACGCAAUGUCCUAUGCUUCCCCCUGCCAGUGAGGAACGUUGCCUGGCUUUGGCGGCGGAACUCUCUCGUCUGAGAUGUGCUACAGACCAGGAAGUUUACGAUACAGUAGCUGCACAUGUGGCCCCGUUGCCAGUCUUGCGACGUACCCUCGAGGUAUGGGCCUCUGACCUGCCUGCUGGCCCCCUGGCUGACAGUGCGUCUGAUGUCUUGCUUGUGUUGACCCCUGAGCUCCUUUGCUCGGAGGUUUGUGGCAAGCUUGAUGGCAAUGUUCCAGCUCCUCCGUUUAUGCCUCGCCUCCAAGCCAUGGGAUUCUGUCCGCGCAAAUUCCCCAGGGAGGUCCUUUGGCACGGCCACCUGGAUUUGGCUUGGAUUGAUCGUUGGCCUCUUGUGCUGGACUUUGUGUGGUUGUGCGGCGGCCCCCUGGCCAUUUUGUGCACCUCCUCACUCCAGGAUCCCUGCCUCUUCGAGGUCGGCAUUCCGGUUCUUUUCAGGGUUGAGGCUAGUGCUGAGCAGCUUGCUCCGCUUUCUUCGUGGCUCCUGGAGCUUGCCGACCU